AUGCAUCUCUCAUCCGUGAUUCUCGGAGCCUGCCUCCUCGCCAUCGGCGCAAACGCCGACCCCGUCAAAGGCACAAUCUUCUACGGCAAAUGCGACAAACAGACCAACAUGUGCGUCAUGAUAAACUCGCUGAGGCCAGACACGAACUGGUCGCUGCCUUGCAAGUAUCUCUGCCACGUAGACGGCGCCGACUGCUGGUACGCGACCGACCGCACCGUCAGCGGCGUGCGCUGGCCCCCGUCGACGGACAUGGUCUCCUGCAGCAACAACAACAUGCCCCAAGGAGACAAGAGACCUUUCCCCUUCCCGGAUCCUGAACAGUUCAAACCUUACUUCAAGGGCUUAGACCCUGAAAACUACAGACCUUACUUCAAGGGCGUAGAGAAGUUCGGGAAAUGGUGA